UCGAAAUUCGCAAAAACCAGAUGAAAUAUCCACAGCUUUAAUCUCUCUCUUCUCCAUCUCCGCUGGCUCUGCAUCAAUGACUGAUGAUUUAUAAUUCUCUGAGUGCUGGUAGAUACAGUCAUCGAUUUUGGAAUACAAGCGGCCAUCUAUUGAUUGUAUCUUUGCAGCGGGCCAUUCAGUAGGUUCCCCGAGUAUGAAGGAAGUCAAAGUAAAAGAUGCUUCUCCUUUGUGUACUAUUGUACCUGAUACAGAACCUGGUAUCCAGCAACCUUCGUCUCGAAGUGAGGACCAUAAGUGUUUGUCUAUAAGUGUGAUAUCUACCCCUGAAAUAGAAAAGAAAUAUGUCCAUCGAGUUUAUGAUGCUAUUGCUCCCCAUUUUAGUUCAACCCGUUUUGCUAAGUGGCCAAAGGUUGCUGCUUUCUUGGAAUCUUUACCUUCUGGCUCUCUUAUCUUAGAUGCAGGAUGUGGAAAUGGGAAAUAUUUGGGUUUAAAUUCUAGCUGCUAUUUUAUAGGAUGUGAUAUAAGUCCUUCCCUUAUCAAAAUUUGUGCUGAUAAAGGGCAUGAAGUUUUGGUUGCAGAUGCGGUUAAUCUUCCUUACAGAACUAAUUUUUGUGAUGCAGCGAUCUCUAUUGCUGUUUUACACCACUUAAGUACAGAGAAUAGGAGAAAGAAAGCUAUUGAAGAAUUAGUACGAGUUGUCAAAAAGGGUGGCCUAGUUCUAAUAACCAUCUGGGCUGUUGAACAAGAGGACAAGUCAUUACUUACUAAAUGGACUCCACUUGCUGAAAAGUAUGUAGAAGAGUGGAUUGGACCAGGUAGUCCUUGUGUUCGUGGCCCUUCAUCCCCAACUUUGGAAAGCAUUCCUGAAACUGAGGAAAAUGAUUUGGGUGGGAAUCCAAAAGAUUCUAGGGAGAGCUUAAAUGGGAAUAUGCUACAAUCAAUGCGUUCAACCCCGCAAAAUGAAGAUGAUUCAUUGGUUUCUAAUGAUGGAAGGAGUCAGCAGGAAUAUUUUGUCCCCUGGCACUUACCUUAUCAUCGCGCUGAAGUUAGUGGUGCCUCUGCCAGUGCUCUUGCAAAUGGUUUGGCAAAGAAAGAUGAUAAGAAGGGUGCUGUAGUGUACAAUAGAUAUUACCACGUGUUUGGUGAGGGCGAGCUUGAGAGGUUGGUAUCGGGAAUGGAUAAUGCUGUGAUCGUUGAUAAGUUUUAUGACAAAUCAAACUGGUGUAUCAUUCUUGAGAAGACGUUGCAAGGAUAAAGAAUUGCAUAAGUACCCGAAGAAAUUCAGUUAUUGGUUUUCAUUGGCGGCCGUUGUACGCCCUUCAUGAUUAAAAAGUGGCCGGCUAGGAAUACUUCACCAUCUUCCCCAUAUGUGACUGAAGACAGAUUUAAGACAUGGAUUGGUCAACCCAUAUACGUGUUGCUAAUAUUUAUAGGGGGUAUGUAUGUCUCUCUCCGAAAUGAGGAAAACUUGCUGCAUAAUUCUGCUUUUCAGUUUCGGGUUUUGGAUUUUGUGAUUCAAUAUCGGAUGGUUAUUGUCACCUGCUAUUAUGUUGUUUCA